AUGGCUAAGCUCAUCGAGUACGCCAAGCUGGGGGACACCAACGAGCGCGCCAUGCGCAUGGCGGAUUUCUGGCUGACGGAAAAGGACCUCAUCCACAAGCUGUUCAAGGUGCUGGCACCCCGGUUCCAGCCCCACCCCGGCAGCUACACCCGCCUGCUGCAGAUCCCCAACCGGGAUGGCCUUGACCGCGCCAAGAUGGCGGUCAUCGAGCUCAAGGGGAACCCCUUCCCACCGCUCAUCUGCCCGCGACGCGACACCGAGAAGACACUGCUCAACCAGCUGCUGAAGGGCUACCGGGAGGACAUGCAGCGGGCGGCAGCCCCGCAGGCCCCCGAGGGCACCCCUGUGUAGGCAUCCCCCUCUGCCCUGAGGGAGGCCCCGUGCCUGCGCAGGGACGGGGUUUGGCGUGAGCUGCCCACGCACCAGCCAGCUUGUUGCUGUCCUGGAGCACAGGAAUGGAAGACGUCCCGGGAGGUCUGAAGGCUGAUGACUGACCUUGAGUUGCCGUGACAGGGGCGCAAGCUCAAGGUUUACUCGCUUCUUCCUGCGGUUUGAAUAGAGACUCGGCAAGAGAAGGAAAUCAAGCUGGGAGCCCUAAUGGUUGAUAUUCUCUGUGUAAAUAAACUCUGUUCAGAAAGUG